AUGUUGUACAAUGUUUUUAUAACUGACCUGGAGGAAGACAUAGAGGGGAUGCUUAUCAAAUUUACGGAUGACACGAAGCCGCAUGCGCAGUUCCCCCCGCCACCAAGCAGCGAGGACGCGGAGACCACGCCCUUGGCCGUGACGUCACCAGAGAAGGGGCGGCGCCGGGGCACCCCUCGCCCCGCCCCCUCCCGGGGACGCGGCGCGCACGUCUGCCGCGACAUCGUCAACGCGUCCCCGCGCUGUUUCCUGCAUCCCCAGAGCUGUGGAGCAUGGAGAAGCAUCAGCAGCUCUGCUGUCCUCCAGCAGGGGCGAGCUCAGGCGGAAAAGCCAAAGGCUGAGGGGGUCUUCCAGGUGACGAUGCUCCCUGGGGACGGGGUGGGCCCGGAGCUCAUGCACUCGGUCAAGGAAGUCUUCAAGGCUGCUGCUGUCCCCGUGGAGUUUGAAGAGCACCACCUGAGUGAGGUGCAGAACAUGGCCUCAGAGGAGAAGCUGGAUGAGUUCCUUGACUCCAUGAAGAAGAGCAAAGUGGCCCUCAUAGGAAAGAUCCACACCCCCAUGGAGUACAAAGGGGAGCUGGCCUCCUAUGACAUGAGACUCAGGCGCAAACUGGACCUCUUUGCCAACGUGGUCCACGUGAACAGCCUGCCGGGCUAUAAAACGCGGCACAACAAUCUGGACCUGGUGAUCAUCCGUGAGCAGACCGAGGGAGAGUACAGCUCCCUGGAGCAUGAGAGUGCAAAGGGGGUCAUUGAGUGCCUGAAGAUCAUCACCCGGGCCAAGUCGCAGCGCAUCGCCAAAUUUGCUUUUGAUUACGCCACCAAGAAGGGCCGUUCCAAGGUCACAGCGGUGCACAAAGCUAACAUAAUGAAGCUGGGCGACGGGCUCUUCUUGCGCUGCUGUGAAGAGGUGGCUGAGUUGUAUCCCAAGAUCAAAUUUGACACCAUGAUCAUCGACAACUGCUGCAUGCAGCUGGUGCAGAAUCCCUACCAGUUUGACGUCCUGGUCAUGCCUAACUUGUAUGGGAACAUCAUAGACAAUCUGGCGGCUGGACUGGUGGGCGGGGCCGGAGUGGUCCCUGGCGAGAGCUACAGCGCUGAGUACGCGGUCUUUGAGAUGGGCGCCCGACACCCCUUUGCCCAGGCCGUGGGGAGGAACAUCGCCAACCCCACCGCCAUGCUGCUGUCCUCUGCCAACAUGCUGCGCCACCUCAACUUGGAGUAUCAUUCGGCCCUGAUCUCGGAGGCAGUGAGGAAGGUGAUCAAGGUCGGCAAGGUGCGGACAAGAGACAUGGGCGGUUACUCCACCACCUCUGACUUCGUCAAGUCUGUCAUUGACCACUUGCACCCCCACUACGGGGUCUAGGGCAGGAGUCUGUCUCAAGCCUUCUCCCCCCCUUU